AUGGCUCCACGUCCAGCUCAGAAUCGUCAACAAGACCUUCCAGGCUUCACUUCUCUUCAGGGAUCGAUAGUUGACAUCUCUGAUGACGACGAGUUUGACAUCGACCCUCCUACCUUUGCCCCUGCUCUUCACCACUACAAUACCUUUCAUGGAUUUCACAGCAAUCCAAUCGACCUCACUUCAGAUCCUAUCGACCUCACCACGGAAUCAGAUGGUGAAUGGCUUGCCACUAUUGGUCGAACUCGCCCUUCCCAAGUGCCCCAGCCCAUGAAACGCAUCAGACUGGACUCGACGUUGUACCACCCAACUGUUGAUCACAAUACAGUUACUGCGGCCCUGCCUCCUGUGUACAACCCUUUUGAACCCGUGAGACCCCCAGGCAGCUCAAUUUCACGAGCGACCCUUCGUGAAGACCUCUCCAUACCCAACGCCGCAGACCACCGCCCUCAUGUCACACAUGGAAAUCUCGGUACUAUAAAUGCGACACUCCCCCUCCUGCCAGGUUCUCGAGACAAAGCUCUCCGCAAGAAACUCAAAUCCAAAAGCAUAUGCCCCUACUUCUACGAUUCCGAAUUAGAAGUCACCAUGUAUCGAGGCACAGGCUACGAGCGAUUCCCUGUCGCCCGAGGCACCAUCGACGGACAUCAAGCCAUUUGUGAUAAAUGGGACGCUGCCCAAGAGAGAAAGAGGCAGAAGAAGGCAUCAAAGCUGCUUGAACUCCCCGACUUCAACCAUCGCCGAACUCACGGUAACGGUUCAGAGUCUCCAUCCGAGAGUGAUGACUCUUCAGACGAGGAAGAAGUCGGACCCACCCGUUUGGACCAACAGUGUCUUGUUGCUGUCCUUGAGGUCUUCCCCGACGCUCAGCACCAAUUUUUACUGGACCUUAUCAUGAAAAAUCCCGAACGAGCGAGCAUCGUCGGAAAGGGCAGAUCUUUAUCCGUUCCCGAUGAAACCCUCGUUCGGUCAAUUAUCAAUGAAGUUCUCGAACUCGAUUCAUAUCCAAAACAAUCCAAGGUGGUCAAGAAGGAGGCAUCUGCAGAAGAUGGCACUGGCAAGACCAUUACUUGGAACAAAGACCUCCCAAAAGACUCAAUGUACCUCAAAGAUGGUGUCAUUCUUCUGGCCAAAGUCUUUGAUCAUAUCCCCACCUGGCAUAUCCACAAGAUUGUAAACGAGAAACAAUCAAUUUUUGACACUUAUGUCAAACUUCACGAGCAGGAAGAAAAAUAUUACCAGAAGGAAAAGAAUGAGAAGAAUCCAUAUCCACGAUUGCGAAUGCCGAGAGUGGUAAUCGAGAAGAAAUAUCAAUACACACCACGUGAGCAGCGCUAUCAGCAGAAUUAUGCACAGCGUAUCAAUGAGUUGCAAGCUGUCAAACAACACGUUGCCAGAGAAGCUAUCAAGGCUGAUAUCAGAAAAGAGAAAGAGGCAGCCGAAGACCUGAAUCUGCAGGAGCACAAAGCUAUUGGAGCCAUUGUCCAAUGUGGUUGCUGCUUUGAAGAAACAAUUGCCCUCAAUCGAGUGGUUCCUUGCGAUGCAGACGCUGCACAUUCAUUUUGCUUUGCUUGUGUUUCAGGCCUUGCAGAAAGUCAGGUGGGUCUCAUGAAAUACGAGAUGAAAUGCAUGGAUGGUUCAGCCUGUUCAGCCAAUCUUUCUUGGUCAGCAGUUGCAAAAGCAGUUGACAUUAAGACCUUUGAUCGCCUCGAAUUCAACAAACAACAAGCUGAAAUCAUAGCAGCUGGUUUGGAAGGCCUGGAAAAAUGCCCCUUCUGCGAUUUUCAGGCCAUUUGUGAUGAUAUCGAAAUCGACCCUCUUUUUGCCUGCCAGAAUCCUGAAUGUGGACUUGUCUCCUGUCGCAAAUGCCGGCUCGAAAAUCAUCUACCAAAAACUUGUGAGCAACACAAAAAAGACAAUGAUCUUGGUGCGCUUCAUCGUGUUGAAGAGGCUAGGUCCGACGCUGUCAUGCGAACAUGUCCUAAAUGCAAGGUCAAGAUCAUGAAGGAAGAUGGUUGCAACAAAAUGAUCUGCUCAACUUGCAGAACAUUCAUGUGUUAUGAGUGUCAGGAAGAUCUCUCUAAGCUUGGAACUCAUGUUUACGAUCACUUCAACAAGCCCGGUUCCAAAUGCUCUCUAUAUGAUCGGGUGGGCGUCGAUCGCCAUGAAGCUGAGGCAGACGACGCUGAGAGGGAAGCUAUCAGAAAGGCGAAAGAAGAGGAUGCUACCAUUGACGAAUCAAGACUUCGUGUCGAGACAGGCAAAACCAAGCCAACACCAUUACAAAUGCACCCUGCUCACGACCUCUUCGCCCAACAUGAAGCCCUUGCCCGGAAUUGGCACCCCGCUCGACAUCAUGCAGCGAAUCCCGCCCAAAUGAUUGCGGAGAUGCAACAGAUGGCAGUGAGACAAAUGGCCGAGGCUGACCGACAACGUGCGGCAGCAGCGAGACGAAUAGUAGAAGCCAAUCGAAACGAACACGGAGACAGAUUGAGGAAUUUGCUGCUUGAGACCGCCCGUAAUAGCGUUGCUCGUCCACCUCGUCAUGAUGCUGCUGCGCCACCAGCCACUGGAAAUCGGGCAACUCCCGCGCCGGGCGCUGACAAUGCUAAUGGGGGAAUAUUUGGAUAUCCAGCUUGGUAUACUGCUGAAGUUGCUGCCAAUUAUCCAGCGAACGUUAACCAUGCUCCUGCUCAACAUGCCAUGCCUCCCCUGCACCCAGCACCUCACGGACUCCCGCCGGGACCGCAGCAUGCGGGUGCUGUGCCAAAGGAUGAUCGACGUAGGGCGACACGUCGACCCCGGGUUCCAGCAGCGCUAACAGCAGCAAACAUGGCUGCCUACGGUAUGAACCAAAUCAAUGGGCCUGAACAUGUUCGCGCCAACCAGCAUCCAUGGCAUCCACCUCUCGGACUAGAGGGAGGCGACCAGGUGUUUGACCUCCCCCACAAUUGGCAUCUUGCGGAUGACUUUGGCUUCCAGGACCUCUUCGGGCGACCGCCUGCAGUCUGA